AAAAAAACUAAGUUUACUGUUUUAUUCUUUCCUAAAGUUAAAAGUGUUUUAAGAUAAAUUUAGUCAGACGAAAGAAUCCACCUACAGUAACACGACGAACAAUGACAUUUAGUUGUUUACCACAAGAGACGUCAAAAUCAUGGCGAAAGUGGCGAACAGCGUUUUUAGUGUUUAAAAAAUAUAGACUAAAAAAUAUUUUUUAAAAUUAAAUUUCUACAGCAAUCUUCUGCUUUUAUGAAGUGAAAUCGAUAUAUUAAGGUUCCUUAGACUAAACACUUUAAGAAAUAAACAUUUAUUUAAUGCAAUUCGACAUGAGUAAACUAGCCUUAGGAAUCUGAAUCUGAGUGCAUUCUGGCCGCACCCGAUCCCGUCAAAAACUCCACUUUUUUUAUUUGUCAAGCAAAGAAUACUAUGUUCAUACAGCGAAGUUUUCAGUCAUUUCGUAUGUAUAAACUAAGUAAAUAUAAAGCUUUCCAUGAGUUCUAUGAGCAUUCAUCAUGCAUCGUAUUUUUCAGGGUUUGACGCUUGAAAUACAGUCUUCAGAUUCAAUAAAAGUCCAUACUAUAAACUACUCAGAAUAAUGAUUUUCAAAAUAGACUUUCCAUGGCAUCUAUGGCCUUACCCAAAAAAAUUAAAUAUUCAGCAUUGUUCUCUUAUUAGUCUGUGAUUCAGCUGUCAAAAAAUUCGUUGCCUGGCAACUGCUACUCAAGUUUUGUUUGUUCGAAAAAUGAAAAGUUCGGAUUUAACUUUAUCAUCAAUACUUUAAAAUAAAACUGAAACGCAUCAUCAUUAAAGACAUACUAUACUGCGAGAGCAAUUAAAAAGUUAUUUCGGAAAUGGCUUCAAAUGAAAAUAGUUUGUCUACUAAAGAAUUUUUGGACUUUGAAAAGACAUGCGAAGCUUACAAAGAUUGUGACGAAGAAAUCAAAACAAUAUUUUCCGAAAUAAAUAAACUAUCAGGUGGUGAUAACAAUAAUAAGGUGAUAGUCGAAGAUAUAGAUGAUGUUGAAUUGAUUUUGAAAAAAGCAGAAGAUAUUGCUUUAGAGACAGAGAAUUUACUGAAAAAGAGUCCUAUUGCAGCAGUUUUGAACAGUGACAUGACUCAGAGUGUUGUUCCACAAAUUAAAGUAAGUAAGCCCAAUGAAAAUACUGAGUGUGUCGAAGAAACUUCACCCACAGGUUCUAAGGUAAAUCGAAGUACUAAGCAGAAUGCCAAAGAGACUAACGAAAUUCGGCGAAAACCAAAGUUGAGACCUUUCUCUGCUGGAGUUAUCGAUUCAAAGAAGCGAGAGACUGCGAAAGUUGCAAGAUUUGUAACCAACUCACCUAAAAAGAGUGCGAUUUGUAAACACGAAGGAUUGUUUGAAGAACUAAAAGACACAAAAGAAAGAACUAAAAGUAUCGAAUUGUUAAAUGUUCAAUUAACUGAGGAUAAUACGAUUCUUCGAAAAAAAUUAGAUCAAAUUAACGAAAAGAAACAUGUUGCUGAUUUGAAACUAGCAGAAUGUGAAAAUUUUAUCAGCAGGCUUGGUAAGGAGUACGAAAAUAGAAAUAUGGAGCUGAAAACUGUUAAAGAAAGCGAAGGUAAAAUUAUGGCAGAGUUAAACAAAGAACGAAAUGAAAGGAAAAAUUUAUCAAUACAACGUGAUAAAGACGCAAUAGUUAUUAAAGAUCUCCAGAGACAAGUGAAAGAGAUGGAACUUAUACUCAGAAGAAAACAUCCGGAUUCUGUAUCAGCGUUAAUAGUGGCAUCAAAGUCAUCAACAGUGGAAGACAAUAAAAAGAAGUUACUAGAAGAACGAAUCGCACGCUUAGAACAAGAACUCCAGGAUAAAGAGGACCAUUUCCAGGGAAUAUUGUUGACACUACAAGAGAAGUUCAGUGACAUGAAAGGAAAAUAUGAAAAUCAUAUAAUAGAUGUGGAGCGUCAAUUGAUGGAAGAUCGUAAAAUUAAUUCAGAGCUUAAGAAUAAAAUAAAUAAAAGUAAUCUUAUCGAUGCUGCCGUCCAAACUGUGCCUAAACCUCAACAUACUAUUUCGACUCAAACUUUUUUGAAGCCAGACCGAGCUUCUUCGGCUGUUAGUAGGUUAACACAAAACUCUACUUUGUUGUUGAAUAAAUUGAAGGAAGAUAGUUAUUUAGUGGCCACGAUAAAAGGAAUGCAAACAGAACUUACUGUCAAACAACGAACUAUUGCAAAGAUUAAUAGAGAGACUGAAGAACUAAGGAAAAAUCUACGGAAUCUACAAAAAGAGAAAGAAGUAUUACUUAACUUAAAUCCUCAAAAGAAGACCGGUUGUAAACAGGCGAAGUCGACGGAAAACAUAUUGGCUAGAAUGAACACGGAGAUGGAGUCUGAACUUGUAGAAAUCCGAAAGCAAAGGGAAGGGCUUAUGCUGGAAAGAAACAGUUUGCUGGAUUCCUUAAAACGUACGAACGAAGAAUUCAUACUGUUGAAGAAAAAAAGGAUACAAGAUCUUCACACUCUACAAUUAGCUCACGAGAAGGAGCUAAUGCAAAUGAAUAUGCAAGUUUACCCUCUCCAGGAGGAGAUUAAACUGCUCAAUCGAACUGUGGAGAUUCUCCAGGAUCGAGUUAGAUCUGCCGAUGACAAACUAGUCAAAUAUCAAGCUGGUCUCAAAGAAGAUUUGCAUGCUGGCGGGGACACCGGUAGCCUAAGGAGUCUUGGUAAAAAGGAUAAUCGCUAAAUUACCUGUGUUGUUUAGGUAAGUAGGCCUUAUAUCCGUGAAGUGACAUUUACAUAAAUACUAAAGGCACUGAAGUAUAUUAUGGAAAUUUUGAAAGAUUUAAAUGGGUUGCAUCUUUUUUAGGGUAUGUUCUUGUGGGUAAAGCUACGUGUUUUUCGUUUUAUCCGCAAUGAAAGCUUUUUUUUACUGGCGGGAUUGCUACCAUGUAAGUUUGAAACAAAAUGCUCUGCAAUUAUUCACAUGUAAAAAAUAUCCGAUGCAUAUAUACCACAGCCAGACACUCAUUCCCAUAUUUUUACCAAACAAUCGUGUCGAUCGACUCGAGGAAUAAGCUUAACUACAGAUUCACUAAUAUCUUUUGUAAAAUGCAGGGGCUUUCUUUGCAAUACGAUGUUGCAUUGCAUCCAAGUUAUUACAAAAUCUUUUUAAGUAGACAUUGGCAGAAAGAGUUUGGUAGAACACCAGUAAUUUUAAGUAGGUAAAUGAGAAGUAUGUAGAAGGUAGUGAAAGAGGCUUUGAUUGUUUCUCCAACGAUAAGGAAUAGGUUCGUAGUUAAAUUUCUUUCCAGCCAAAUAUUCAGUAUUAACUUAACAAUAUUAUUAAUAUUAACAGUUCCGUAUCUAAGCAGAUAUAUUAAAUAGAAAGCAUAUUGAUGCUUGUUUAUUAUUAUAGAAGUCAUUGUGCACUUUAGUUUUGUUUUACUGCAAGAAAACGUAGUUUAGUUAAUGUUACAAUUUUAUUAAUACUAAGCAGUUGUGUGAAAUCUUCUUCAGUAAGUACAUAGGUAGUUUACAGUCACUGUGUGUGGAAAAACUCUUUGCAUAUAGGUGGUUUUAAUCGUAAAUUUUGUAAUUUUAUCACGUUCUAUAGAAGACUGUUAUAUACGUUCUACGUAGGGUCAAUUAUGAUUGAAUAACGUAGAUGAAGAUACUCUUCUCUCUUUAUUCCUUAAGUCUGACAACUUGUCUACGGCACAAAUAAGAUUUCGAGAGUAACUUAAUCUAAGUAACUUAAAUGAAAGUGAUAAAGAUUGUGUUAAAGAAACGUGUAAAACAUUAUUUUCUCGUUAGUACCUACAUAGGGUGAGCUUAGGUAACUACGUUUAAACAUUGGUUCUUUGCCCUAUUUUUUUGUUAAGUAACUGUUUAAUACCAAUCGUAUUAAAUUUUAAAGCAACUUGCAUUGACUCGUAAAUAUUGUAAAAGUAAAAUACGUUGUGUGUUUUUAGUUAUUGUUAGUAAAAUUAUGAUAAUUAGAGAGAUUUACACAUAAUUGUAAUUUAGUAUUUAUGAUAGGGACCAUCAGUAGUUUUAUGAAGAUUUAAGUGUUCUCGAGUGCCUAUGCUGGACGAAACGCAAUAAUAUAAUUCCUUUAUUGUUUGAUAAGGAAAUAAGGAUUAAUAAGCCCAGAUAAUGUACUGAAUAACAAAUAUUUAAAUCGUUAGAUAUAUCCUCGUCUCACCGCAGAUUAGGUAUUUCAGUGUGAGAUGAGUAUCUACCUAAGUCCAUUCGUAAGAGCGGUUCGUGCAAAUAAAAAAACAAUGUAUGCGAUUACUUAUUCAUUACUUGUGAAUGCCGAGAUAUUUACCUACACUAUAACUUGGGCUUAAACAUUGUUAAAUGCAGUGGCGGCGCUAGACCACAUGUGGACGUCGUCGGCGACAUCAAGUUCGCGAGGCCUAUUUUACUUCGCAGUAACAAACCGUAAAAUUAAGUGAGCCAAAUUAUAAAAUAACGUAUGAGUAAACGAGUUUUAUUGUUGAUAAUCAAAUGAUGACAAAAAAUAAUUACAAACAUAGAAAUUUAAUUACAAAAAUAGUGUUGCCAAACAGACGAUUCUGAAUAUCCGUAAAGUACUACUCGCUUCCAUCACGCACGUGCUCGAAAAUAAUAAAAGUCAUUAUCAUUUGAUUAGCUUUUUCCCCGAAUUGUUCGGGGUCGGCUACCUAAGCCAGGCCAGGAGAAACGAAAAUAAAUAGGUAACUUGUAAAAUUUUUUUUGCGAGGUCCCCUCAGGCGCGAGACCGUCGGCGGUGGCCGACCGACGUCGCCGACGCCUAGCGCCGCCACUGGUUAAAUGUUGCUUAUUUAGCAGGAUGUAGGUUUGUGAAUUGUGAUUGAUAGUUAUUAACAACGAUAUUGAUAACAUUGUUAUGGUUGUUUAUCAUAAACGAUAUUAUUAUAUUAGUACUUACUUAAGUACUGAGACCAAUCUAACGGCUUAGAUAUUUGCUGAAUAAAAUUUGAAAUUAGUUCCUAAUACCCAUGUAUACGGGAAAAUGUCUAGUCCAAAUAUUUUUGUGAUGUAUAAUUAUGGCUUGAUGUGAUGUCAGAAUAAUUAACGUGGUGCCUUCGUUUUAAUUGAAUAAAUGCAUUUAUUUCUCUU